AUCUAUUUACUGCGAUAGUGCUCUGAAUAGCCUAGAGUUAUGGCUACUGCUAGACAGAAGUAUAGUGCCAAAGACGAAUAUCCUAACCUGACGCAACACAGCAACUACAUGGCGAAAGUUCUCACUUCUUCUGUAUACGAAAAUCUCAAGAAAAUUAAAACUCCUGGAGGCUUUACGAUUGACGAAGUUAUUCAAACUGGCGUCGAUAACCCGGGUCAUCCGUUCAUAGUGGCAGUCGGAGCCGUUGCGGGUGAUGAAGAGUCCUAUGAUGUUUUUGCCGAGCUUUUUGAUCCUAUUAUUGAGGCUCGUCAUGCCGGAUUCAAGAAAACCGACAAGCAUAGAACGGAUUUGAACCCCGAGAACGUCGUUGGUGGAAAUCUCGAUUCGAAUUAUGUACUCAGUUCUCGAGUGCGAACUGGUCGCUGCAUUCGCGGCUUGUCUCUUCCGCCUAAAUGCACAAGAGCUGAACGACGAGAGGUCGAGAGAAUUCUAGUAGACGCAUUAGCUCAGUUGGAUGGCGCGUAUAGGGGCAAAUACUACUCUCUAGAAACAAUGUCGACCGAAGAUCAGGAGCAGCUCAUUAAUGACCAUUUUUUGUUUGAUAAACCCGUUUCGCCACUUCUAACAUCUGCAGGAAUGGCUCGAGACUGGCCUGAUGCUCGAGGUAUUUGGCAUAACGAAGACAAGAACUUCCUCGUGUGGGUAAACGAAGAAGAUCACUCACGUAUCAUAUCUAUGCAAACUGGAGGUAACAUUAGGGAAGUCUUCUCCCGCUUUUGCCACGGUCUCAAUAUGGUUGAGAAUCUGAUCAAACAAUGUGGGUACGAAUUCAUGUGGAACGAGCACUUAGGAUACGUGCUAACGUGUCCCUCCAACCUGGGUACUGGUCUUCGAGCUGGCGUCCAUGUCAAGAUACCAUUGCUUUCUCAACAUGAGCAGUUUCAAACCAUUCUGGAUAAUCUCCGAUUGCAGAAGCGUGGAACUGGUGGAGUUGACACUGCUUCCGAAGGCGGAGUUUACGAUGUCUCCAACGCUGAUAGGCUAGGAUGGUCAGAAGUGGAGCUUGUGCAGGCAGUUAUUGAUGGAGUGACGCUGCUUGUUGAUAUGGAAAAGAAACUCGAAGUAGGUGGAAGUAUCGACGAGUUAAUUCCAAGACCACGAGAUCGAAGUCAAAAGUAUUAAUUAAGUUAAUGACUCAUAUGACAUUUUAGAACUAUCUUUGGCAAAAGCUUAGGAAUUCUAUAAUGAGGAAAUUCAAAUAAAAGUUUUUA